UGUGCCUGGAAUUGCCCGGAGAGAGGUGGCGCACAUCGCCAUAGUGAUCACCAACGGUCACUCUAGGAACACCAAGACGGUCAUUCAAGAGGCCAGAAAUGCCCAGAAGACGGGAUGUACAUGUACGCUGUGUAUCCCAGCGAAUCAGCAGAUCCUGACGAAUUGAAGGCUAUCGCCAGUCAUCCUGUGGAAGACUACCUCUUCUCCAUGGACACAUAUAAUAUCUUGAUAUACACCGAGCAACGGCUGGGAUCCCAGCUCUGUGAGAUUCAGGUUGAUCCUACUGAGACAUCAAAUGGUGGCGUAUGUGACACUAGACGGCCUGCUGACAUAGUCUUUGCCGUGGAUUAUGCAACCAUCGGGGUGAAGAAAGCCAAAAAGGUGCUGAAGUUUGUUAAGCAAUCCAUCAACAUGUUGGACAUCGGUUCCGAUCGUAUCCACGUGGGAGUGAUGACUAAUGACUGUCCGCGGGAACUCGACAUUGACCUCGGUGACCAUUACACCAGCGAUGGCGUGCAGGAAGACUUGGAUGCAAUAGAGAUGCCAAGCCAGGCGGAACUUCUCAAGAAGGCGCGCAGGCGCAGUUUCUCUCGGUUUUAUGGCGCCCGUGUCGAUGUCCAGCAGACCUUGGUGUUGUUUGUAGACGAUAAACUGGAUAACCCAACCCGAGUUGCACAAGAAGCUAUGAGAACAAAAGCCAGGAAAAUCCAAAUCAUCGUCGUUGCCAUCGGUUCCAGACUAAACUUGAAGAACUUACAAAAACUAGCCACAGGGGAAGAUUCUGUAAUACAAGUCGACAGUUACGACGCUCUUCCGAAAUCAAAGGAAGAUAUUUUUAGUGUUAUAUGCAGAGGACUGUAACUUUUCGACUAGUGUUAGACGUCCAAAAUACCGACAAAGGCGGCCGAGAUGAGACGUCAGGAGGGCUGAACUUCAAAAUCCUUGCUGAGUACUGAAAUACCAGACGACCGCUUUCCAUGACUGACACUCACUGAAAUGCAGACUCAUUCAGGAGUUUACCGACGACUGCCGAAGACCACCGACGGAGUUUGCUCAAAACAUCGCGAGGAGCUGAAGUUGGUCGGAUUAGAGUUAACGUCAAUUAAAAUUGACUGGCUCAGAGGCUGGUAUAAAACUCGACGCUCGAAUCUCGUGACAGUAUUAAUGAUUUUGAGAUUAUUUAAUUUUGCGACGCAAAGUUAGAGGGUGUC